AAUGGCCAAUAUAUAGGACGAGUAACAAUAUUGAGCAAGGAUUUGGUUUUACUAAUUAACCUGAGAAACAAUAUAAUGGCUACUGGCAAUAACACUUCUUUUGCCACGUGGACAACCUUGUUCCUUCUCAUCACAACGCUAGCGACGGCGGCCGCCGAUGUAUCUCCGACAAGAUUUUGCCGCCGCGCCACCGACCCCAAUGCAUGCGAGGCCAUCAUCGCCAACCAUCUGGAGGCCGCCGGGAUGACUAGUACUACGACGACAAACGUCUCUUCCCCUGUUUUGCUACGGCAAUUCUUGACGGCUUACGCUGAUCACAUGACCGCCGCAACGUCGAGAUUCAGUAAGGUCGCCGGCAGUUAUUCCGGCCACCCGAGGGAGAGAAUGGCUUUUGCUGACUGCUCCGAGCUGAUCAAUCUGUCAAUUGACCAAGUCAAAGACGCGAUCAAAGCUCUAGCGGCAGCUGGUACGAAGAGCAGUCGGCGGCGGCGGGUAAGAGCCGCCGACGCGCAUACUUCCCUGAGCGCCGUCCUUACCAAUCACGUCACGUGCACUGACGGCUUGACAUCGCCGGAGAAAUCUCCGGCGAAACGAGUUCUUGAGGAUCUGAUCUCCAAAGCCAGAGUAGCUUUAGCAAUUCUUGCUGAUUUUAGAGACCAAAACGACGACGCGGAAUGGAAGCUGUUUAAAAGGUCACGGAGUACUCACCGGCUGCGGCGGCGGCGGCAACCUAAGGUUGGGAGGAAGUGUCCGAAAUGGGUGAGGUCGAGAGACCGGGAUCUUCUCCGGCGGAAGGGGAAGGAGAUCAAGGCCGACUUCGUGGUGUCGAAAGACGACGACGCAGACUUCUCGACGCUGAAGAAGGCGGUGGAUGCGGUGGAGGAGGGGCGGGAGAAGAGGGUGGUGAUCUACGUGAAGGAGGGAGUUUAUAACGAGUACGUGGAAGUGGGUCCCGGCAAGAAGAAUGUGAUGAUCGUCGGCGACGGCGCGAAUGCGACCAUCUUCACCGGAAGUCAUAACUACGUCGACAAUUACACCACUUUCAACUCUUUCACCCUCGGUACGUAAUUAAAGAUUUUUUAAAAGCAUUGUUUUCUAAAAUGAAAUUUACUCCCUCUCCUUUUUGAAGUUUAAAUAGUUCAACCUUCAUUUUUGACCCACUUGUUUAAAAACACUUGUGUUUUAUUUAAAGCAUCUAAAAUAAUUCUAAAACAAUUUCUCAAUUCAAUAAAAGAGA